AUGGACGAGGGCUUGUCUGUCUCACUGCCCCAAACAGCCGCCCCCAGGCAGGAGGUAGCGGAGAGCGGCUUGACCGUGAUCGACCACUCGGCGGCGCUGCUACAGCAGUUGGAGGCCCUGCUGGCCCGGGGCAACAUCAGCGACGUGGCCCUGCGAGUACAGACGGCCGGAUCGGACCGGGUCAAGGCGUUCCAGGUCCACGCGCUGGUGCUGUCCCUGCAGAGCGAGGUGCUCCGGGACCUCGUGCAGAGCCACAGCUCCGGCAUCCUGGUCCUGGAGGAGAGCCCCGAGUGCGCAGACGUCUUCGACAAAUUCAUCAGGUACCUGUACUGCGGUGAGAUUACGGUACGCCUGGACCAGGCGCUGCCCUUGCACAAGCUGGCAAGCAAAUACCAUGUUCGGGGUCUGCAGACGGGUCUCAGCCUCUACAUGACCCAGCACCUGGCCGCCGAUGUGCCCGGAGGACACGUGGCAGGCUGGUACCAGUACGCGGUGGAGGCGGGCGACGCGGUGCUCAGGGACAGCUGCCUGCAGUACCUGGCUUGGAACCUGUCCGCGGUCAUCCAGAGCGGCGGGUGGACCGGCCUGGACGAAGAGCUGCUGCUCACGCUGCUUCGGCGUUCCGACCUGGUCCUCCGCAGCGAGCUGGAGCUCUUCGAGGCGCUCGAGGAGUGGAUGGCGCGCAACCAGCCAGGCGCGCUGACCGCCGAGAGCGCGCUGCGCGCCGUCCGCUACGCCAUGAUCCCUCCGCUGGAGCUCUUCCGGCUGCAGAAACAGUCGGCGGCGCUCGCCAGGUACGGCGAGUCGGUCCGCGACCUGCUGCACAUGGCCUACCAGUUCCACUCGGCCUCCCCGCUGCAGCUGGCGAAGUACUUCGACGUCAACUGCAGCCUCUUCGCCCCACGGAACUACCUGUCGCCAGUGUGGGGCUCCCCCUGGGUCAUCGGGAACCCGGCGCGUGACGACCGCAGCGGCAGCUUCCAGACGCAGCUGGGCCCCAGUGCGCACGACGCCGGCAAACGCCUCACCUGGAACGUCCUCUUCUCACCGCGCUGGCUGUCGGGAGCGCCGAGGCCCACGUUCGCGGAGCAGGGUGCCGUCCAGGGUCCCCACGCUGCUGAUGGCAGCCCCCCCCUCAAGGAAGGCCAUCCGUGCGUCAUGGUGACCCCUGCCACCUCCAGCGCCGACCUCGCCGGCGUCAGCUUCCAGAAGACGGUCAUCGUUCUGGCGCGGCCGCAGGGCAAGGCGGUGGUGAGGCACAUCUACAACUUCCACCAGAGCACCGACGAAACGGGCGACUUCCUGGCAGACGCCGACCUCCAGCGGCGCACCUCCGAGUACCUCAUCGACGGCUCCCUCUACCUGCACGUCGUGGUGAAGCCCCUCUACCACAGCCUUGUGGUGACCAGAAAAUGAG